UAAGAGCCUGCAAUGAGAUGGGCUCUGUGCAAAAGCUGAGUUAGGUGGCCCGAUCCCCUUUCUUCCCCGCAAUCAAUUGCUCACCGGCGGAGAGGCCGCCGCCGCCGCCGCGUUCUUCCUCCUCCUGAGCCCUAAAAGGGAAUCCAGCUCGAGGUCGAACCAACCAAAAGCUUGGCGGCGUCGCGGAGACGCGGCCAACCUGCUCCACAUACACCGCCCGUUUCGCCAGUGUCUUUUCUCUUUUUACUGGCGCGCGCGCGGGCGCGGGCGCGGGAGAGGCGAGGGAGUGGUGGUGGCGCGCUGCAGGGGGGGCUGCUUGGCUGCGGAGUGCGGACGACGGCUAUAAAGAGGGCGGAAAGAGAGCGCCCGAUCCCGCUACUCAUCAGCUGCCGUCUCCUCUGUGUGUGUGCUCGCGCGCGCGCUCCGGUUGCUCCUCCUUGGGUUCUUGAUUUGCUACACGCGUUUGCUUGCUCACCACGUGUUUGAUGGAAUACCUGUGAGGUGAGGUGAGUUUGCAGGCCUGAUACUGCCUGUUGGUCCCUCCCCAUCAAAAUGCUUGGUUCACUUAUCUCUUACUCACCUUCAGUGAAUCCAAAGACGGAGAACCCUGAUGAGUUAAUUGCGACUGGUGUCCUUGCGAGUCUGCAAAACUUUAUCCGCAAAUGCAUCGUAGCUGUCCUCUCAUAUGGCCCAAUGCCUAAACAUAUUGCAUUUAUUAUGGACGGUAACCGUAGAUAUGCUAAAUUCAGGAGUAUCCAGGAAGGCUCUGGUCACAGGAUGGGCUUCUCUGCUCUCAUUGCCAGCCUACUCUACUGCUAUGAAAUGGGCGUGAAGUAUAUCACAGUGUAUGCAUUUAGCAUCGAUAAUUUUAAGCGAGAUCUGACUGAGGUGAAAUCCUUGAUGGAGUUAAUGGAGGAAAAGAUCAAUGAACUGCUAGAAAACAGAAAUGUCAUCAACAAGGUUAACUGUAAGAUCAACUUCUGGGGGAAGUUGGACAUGUUGAGCGAACCGGUGAGGGUAGCAGCUGAGAAACUGAUGGUUAGCACUGCUGAAAACAAGGGACUGGUCUUCUCUGUUUGCAUGCCAUACAACUCCACUUCUGAGAUUGUCAUUGCGGUCAAUAAGGUCUGUGCAGAAAGGAGGGAUAUACUGCAGAGGGAGGAUGUUGACAGUGUUGCGAAUAAUGGUGUGCAUUCAGAUAUUUCAGUGGCAGAUCUGGACCACCAUAUGUACAGCGCUGGUUGCCCCGAUCCUGAUAUUGUGAUCCGGACCUCAGGCGAGACUCGCCUGAGCAAUUUCCUUCUGUGGCAGACGACGUUCAGUCAUUUGCAGAAUCCAGACCCUCUUUGGCCGGAGUUCUCUUUCAAGCACCUUGUCUGGGCCAUACUACAGUACCAAAGAGUUCACCCUUAUAUUGAGCAAAGCAGAAAUCUGGCUAAGAAGCAGCUGUAAUCACAUCCUCCCUGGGAGGAGAUAGAAACCAUCAUACAAGAUAUCUGUAGUUACACAAUAAUCUGUAUUCUCCUUUGAUAUCUCCUAGAAUGUGAAAUAUACAAAAAAAAGAUAGCUAUUCCAUUGUAGGCAGGCCAAACAUGUGUAUGCUUGAGUUGGUCCAAAUGUGUGAAAUGUAAUAACAUUUGGUCUAAGCAAAGUGCCUUAUUUUCCCUGAA